AUGGCCGAGAUUCAGGGCUUCGAAGACCUCGGCCUGUCAGUCCACGGCGUCGGGAAAAUCAACCUUCCCCUGCAGGAGGAGCAGGCACCGUAUGGCAAGGGAAGCGACACCAUUGUCGACACGGCGGUGCGCAACACGUGGGAACUAGACGCCUCCCAGCUCGAGUUCCACGGCGAUGCCUACGAGCGUACACUGAACGGUGCCGUCAAUUUCGUCCACUCCACGCUGGGCAUCACGACGCCCAUCAGAGCCGAGCUCUACAAGAUGCUCAUCUACGAAAAGGGCGCCAUGUUCAGAGCCCACACUGAGUCCGAUACAUCCAGGGGGGAUGCGGUCGUAAAGCACUGCGGCCAGACGAACACCUUCAGUACCGCAGCGGCUCAGCCAUCCGUCUUGUGCUGGUACUCCGACGUCCAUCAUGAAGUCCUGCCCGUCACAUCGGGUUACCGAUGUGUCCUGACUUUCAACCUCGCCAUCCUGCCUGGAUUUGAUGCUCCAGGCCAGCCUGCUGAGCGGCCCUCUGCUGCGCAGCUCCAAAACGAGCACCAAGAGCUCCGGACUGCUCUGCAGAGGUGGCUACUCGAUUGCGGUCAGCAGCAAGACGACAGCGCUCAGAGCAGCGACAACCAUAUUUACUACCUGCUGGAGCACGAGUAUACCGAGGCCAGCAUCUCCCUCAAGGCUCUGAAGCUCCAAGACCUCGCUCGCGUGCAGUGUCUGAUGCAACUAACCAAGGGGUUGGAGUUCGACAUUUUUCUUGCCGUGUUGGAGAAGACGCAAGAGGGUGGUGUUGAGAUGGACUGGUCCCGGCACGGGUACAAGAGAAAGUGGUACGAGGACGUGGAUGAGGACGAUGGGGGCGGCGGCAAGAACUGGCACGAGCUCGACCAGAUUUAG